ACGUCUGUGGUUUGGUUUGUGCUCUAUGGUUUCUGUUUGUAUCUGAAUCUGAUAAAUAUUUUUUCUAAAUUUUAAAAUAAGUAUUCAAAGUGGCAAGUACUAAAUAUUUUGAAUGCACAAUAGAAAUUAUUGAUUACAAAUUGGCCAAAUUUGUAGAUUAUGAAAAUGGCGGGAUUGGAAUCAAUGGUCGUCGAAGAGGUUAGACCGGUAGAGAAAUCAAUUGAUAGAGAGAAGACUUGCCCGCUCUUGCUACGUGUAUUUUGUGCAACUGGUCGGCACAAUUCGACCGGAGAUUAUGCUAGAGGCAAUGUACCCCAGAACGAGUUGCAGAUUUACACUUGGAUGGAUGCAACGCUGCGGGAACUUACAGGAUUGGUGAAAGAAGUCAACCCUGAGACACGACGUAAAGGAACAUACUUUGAUUUUGCUAUAGUUUAUCCAGAUAUGAGAUCUCCAACUUAUCGUAUGAGAGAAAUCGGUGUGACCUGCUCAGGGCAAAGAGGUGGUGAUGAUAACAAAACUCUCUCUGCAGUCAAAUUUCAAAUUGGCAACUAUUUGGAUAUCUCUAUAACUCCGCCUAAUAGGAUGCCACCACCGAUGCGAAGGCCUCAACCUUAUAUGAACAAUCGUCCAUAUUAAGUUGUAAAAGAAUAAGUUUAAGAGUAUCUUGUAAGUAAUUAUAUAGUAAUAAAUUUACAGUUAUUACUGUAUACUUGG